CCAAAGAUGCUGGAGAACUUCCUGUCUACACACAAAGCAAUUUCUUUUGUGGGAUGCCUAAGCCAGCUUCAUUUCUUUCACUUCCUGGGCAGCACAGAGGCCAUGUUGUUGGCUGUAAUGGCCUUGGACCGCUUUGUGGCUAUCUGCAAACCACUUCGUUACACUGUCAUCAUGAAUCAUCAGCGCUGUACCCAGAUGGCUAGCACAGUCUGGGUCAUUGGGUUUUUCCAUGCCCUGCUGCACUCCAUAAUGACCUCUCACUUGAACUUCUGUGGUUCCAACCAAAUCCAUCACUUCUUCUGUGAUAUUAAACCUUUGCUGGAGUUGGCCUGUGGGAACAUUGAGCUCAACCAGUGGCUGCUCAAUACCAUCACAGGGACCAUUGCCAUGGGCCCUUUCUUUCUCAUACUUCUCUCCUAUUUCUACAUUCUCAUCUAUCUUGUCUUCAAGACCCUUUCAUGCAGCAUGCUUCACAGAGCACUGUCCACGUGUGCCUCCCACUUCAUGGUAGUUAUUCUUUUCUAUGUGCCUGGUGUCUUCAUCUAUAUUCGACCUGCCUCAGACAGCUCCAUGGAGCAGGACCGAGUCAUUGCCAUCAUGUACACUGUGGUCACUCCUGUACUAAAUCCACUGAUCUAUACUUUGAGGAACAAGGAAAUAAAGAGGGCCUUGAUCAAGAUGAUCAGAAGGAAGCUAUGACUUGAAGGAUCUAGAGAACUUUUCUGAGGCAUAAAUAAGUAGUCAAUGAAAAAGUUGAGAUUUGAAUUUAUACUACUUCGCAAAUUGUUUAGACUAUGUAUGAAAGUGGAAACUAAAUAAAAGAACUAUAAACGGUAAAGUCCAGUCUAGCAGGUUUUGUUGUUGUUAGGUGUCAUCAAGUUGAUUCCGACACAUAACGGCCCUAUGUACAACAGAAUGAAGCACUACCUGGUCUUGUGCCAUCCUCAAAUUGUUGUUACAUUAAGCAGGUAGGUCGGUAGCAUAAAAGAAACUUAAACAAGUUGGACACUAGCCAUGGAACCCUCAUGCUAAAUGGGUUUUUAGCAUAUUAAUUGAGAUAAUUGAUUUGUUAUAUAUUCUACUGUAUUCAUGUAUGAAAUCAGGUAUAGAAACAUGCCUAUAUUACCCAUGUAUAUGGUAAAUAGAUAAUAUUUAAGUUUGUUUA